UUAAUCUAGAUAGUGUAUUUUUAUAUAGUUUCACCACACUAACUCUCCAUCAGUUGAUAUUCACUGCAAUAGAUAUACUACUAGAUCACCUCAUAACAUUAUAACUAAUAUCAACAGUCAUAGUGAACUUAUGGUAGAAUCUCAUCAAGGUUAUGAAGUAAAUACAUUUCCUAAAAAGUGUGAAAGGAUCAGAAUACCUUCCAACCCAAGUGUGACUAGUAAAAGUAGUGGUGGUGCAGUUGGUUUAUCAACUGGAAGUAUUGAUAGAUCUGUAAGUAGUGAAAUAAGGGAUAUCCCAAUGCCUACACUUAGAGCCGAAGUUUUUAAUCCUGGACAAAUAUCUAUCCCUACCAAAGAGGAACAAUCAUUACUUGAAUAUGAUUGGGAAUCAAAAUAUUUUAUAAAUCCACAUCUAUUAGGUGUUGGAAGUGGUUCAUUGACUGACGGGUUGAGAAGAAUCAAUAUAAAUAAAUCUAGCGAACCUCUUGGAAUUAAUAUAUUUUCUGUUGAUAGUAGUGGAGUUUUUAUAUCUUAUGUUGCUGACCAUAGUGUGGCUUCCAAAGUAGGUCUUCAAGUCGGAGAUCAGAUAUUAGAAGUUUGUGGAAUAAACUUAAGAUGUGCAUCAUAUCGGUUAGCUGCAAAUGUUUUACGGCAGUGUGGAGACACAGUUACCAUGCUAGUACAAUACAGCCCAGAUAAAUCCAAAGAGUUAAAUUGCACUAAAAGUUCAACAAGCAACUGUUCAGAAACUCUAACACCGCGCAAUUCACCCACUGUUAAUAGAAAGUCUACAGGUGCUUCAAUUAUUUAUCAUGACAUGUCUACAUUAAAUUUGCAAAAGAGUGAUCAAAAUACAGAUAGUACAAGCUUAAGAGCAUAUGAACCACGGUAUUUUAUCAUGGAGACAAGGAAGUGUAGUAACUUAGGAAUAAGCCUAGUUGGCGGAAAUGCCGUUGGAAUAUUUGUACAUAGUGUUAACUUAAAUUCAUUGGCUUAUAACGCAGGUUUACGAACUGGUGAUCAUAUACUUGAAUAUAAUGGAACAGAUUUAAGAGAAGCGACUGCUGAAGAAGCAGCUUUUGAAUUAGCCAAGCCAGCUGAAAAAGUCACAGUUCUAGCACAAUAUUCAAUUGAUAAAUACAAUGAAAUCAAGGAUAAGCCCGGUGAUAGCUUUUUUAUACGAGCACUGUUUGAUCGUAUAAUUGAUUUGAGUGAUGCUAGUAGCAAUUCUUCUCAGCUACAAUUUCGCAAAGAUGAUGUUCUGUAUGUAGAUAGCACAAUGUAUAAUGGUGUUCCGGGAAAUUGGCGAGCGUGGUUAGUUGAUCACAAUGGUUAUAAACAACAAGUUGGCAUUAUACCUAGCAAAUACAAAGUUGAAGAAGAACUUGUAAUUAAACAUAGUGGAGGUAAAUUAGAAAGUGAUACACGGCGUCCAACAAGACUCAGUUUCUUUAAACGUAAAAAGCAUCGACACAGCAGUUCCAAAGAAUUGGCUAGUUUUUCAAAUAUAAACUUGGGUUGGUUUAGUAGUGACUCUGGUACUUUACAUGAUGAUGCCAUUGUGAUGCCUUCUUACCAAAGAGUUAUCAGGUUAAAUUCUGAACCAAACAUUCUAACCCCUGAGUUAGUUAAUUUUAAAUCCACUGAGCAAGUGAAUGAAGCUAAAAAGUCUCGAUCAUCUCACAAUAAAAUGUCUGCUAAAGCAGCAAAAGAAAUGUAUGAACAUGCAUUAAAGCUUGAAUCUGAGUCUAAUAACAUUUCAGCCGUUAUACCAGCUGGAGUUAAUGUGGCAAACAUGUGUACAAAAAUUAAAGCUGCAGUCGAUUUAGAAAAAAGCAAAACACUUUGGGUUCCUUCCUCAACUCCACUUUGAUAACAAGUGUUUUAUGAAUCAUUAUUACAUCUAAAACAAUUAAGUUUUAUUAUUAUUAUUUCUAUUUUACUAAUUUGGGGAUUCCCCUUGAGUCUUAUAUUGAACAAUGUAUUGUAAACUAUUGUUGGUGUUGGAUUAUUUUUUUUUUUAUGUAAUAAUUUUGUAUUUUAAUAUGUUAUUUCUUAUAACAUAGGUAUUAAAUAUUUAAUGUGCAACAUACCAUAAUAGUAACAAUGACAUAAUACAUAUUAUCUUGAUUAUCAAAAUGAACGAUCAAAACUUGGC